CAGCCGAUGGUCCAUGUGGGGUGCAAGUUGAUGUAAAUGGAGGAUGGGGAAAGUAAGAAUUGUGGGCAGAAGUCCGGAAAAGGGUUGAAACAACAGGGAAGGGAGGAAAACAAUAAAGGACAGCCUGAAAGAGAGAUACUUCGUUUACCACCGAUAACUGUCGAUCAGUUGCCAGCUUUUCGAAAGAAGAAACCAGAUUUAAUUUUACCAGAAGACAAUCUCCGUUUACCAGAUGGUUCAUUUAAAGAUAUUAAGACCGAGUACGAAAGAGAAUUUAAAGGUUACGAUAAAAAUUUUCCCGAUUUGACGUUAUUCAUAAAUAGACGAAUUCCUGGAGACCAUGUUUUAAAACUCGAAGGUGACCAUGAAUUUCACACUGAAUAUGAAGACGCUUAUAGAAAUGUUUUGGAAAGGUUAGGGUUGAAGAAAGAAUUAAAGGUUAUCGAAAGCGAUACCGUUGACGACCUAAGAUUGAGACGUCCUGAAUUGGUAAAAAGAAGUACAAAUUUAAGGCUGGAAGGUGAAUUGAGUCAUAUAACCAACUACGCGGAAAGCUUUAUUUGGUAUUUGUUGACAAAGAGAACUGAGUUGCAGCGGAAAGGUACCACCCUUAGACUUGAAGGUGACAUGGACCACAUGACCGAAAAUAGGAACAGCUUUGUCCCUUAUGAUAAUGUUAUACGGCCGCCAUUGUGUAAAAGAUUUACCAACUUGCACCUUUCAGGAUCUUUUCACAUGGACACGGAAAACCGAGAAAACUUCUUACCUUUUAAAGUUCAGCGACCGUAUCAGUUUUCAAAAAUGCCUACAAAUCUUCAUCUAGAAGGCACACUGUUCUUAGAGCCAGAAUAUAAAAGUUCCUUCAUUAGAUACCAAAACUACGAGAGACCACAACCAGUGCUACCUCAUGAUCAAAUAAAAAGUCCCGUGGAGUUUUCCGAUGCCAGCAGCUCAAGUAGUGCUCUUAAGCAUCCUUUGAUACCAUAUCUCAGGACGUCAGAUAUUGAAGAACAUCGGCAAAGUAGAUCGAGAAGUAGACAUAACUCCAGACCAUCUUCCAGGUCUGUUUCGCAACCAUCACGACCUACGUCAAGAUCGUCAUCAAGGUCUCCUUUACGAUUACAUAUCAGACCUCCUUCUAGAUCAUUCUCGAGGCCUUCUUCGAGAACAGAAAAUCUUUCAAAAUUUAAACAUAUGGAAUCUGACGAUGAGGAAAGUAAGGAUCUAUGUAAGAACCGCUUUAGGAAGUCCUUUACUUCAGGACCCAAAAUUCAUAAUCUUGGUACAGGCAAAAACAAAGAAAUUUCUCAAAGAAAUACAGAUAGGAUUAUAAAAUAUACGAAAACUCUGGCCCCUAAUAUGGCUGCAAAUUUAUCAAGCCCUAUUAUUGCAUCUAGGGACCCAAGUCCUAAUCGACGCCUAAAUAUGAGAACGAAAGCGCAGAAAAGGGACUGGAACCCUGCUGCACUUCAGCAUCAUACUGUUUUUAAUCAUCAGGAACCAGAACAGUUCGAUGGUCGUUUUGAAUGCCAACCAGAAUAUAGGAGAGCUUAUAUGAAUUAUUUGGUACGUGAAAAGGUGGAAAAUAAACAACAAUUAAUAAAAAGGCCUGGUUCUGAAAGCAAGGGAUUUUCCACCAGUGAAGAUGCAUCAGAUAAUGCUAUGCCCUCUUAUAGUCAAAAUAUAAAAAACAAAAAGCCACCAAUUAAUAGGAAAAGUGAGAAGAAAAUCGAAUUAAUGGAAACUAAAGUUUUUGGACAAAAAUGCAGACAUAUUUCUGAAUCAGGAACGACAUCAUCCGAAGAUAUUUUUCUAAAUACAAAACGAUCUCAAAUUCCGAGACCAAUUAGCUUAAAUUUUAAAAGAAGAAAAGAUGGAGAAACAUCAGAAGAGAACAAUUUUCAGCCAGCUUUUGUAUUAAUCUAGU